AUGGAUAAAAAGAUUCCUACAUACAAAAAUUCAAGAGACAAAAGUUAUUAUUUUACAACAGCAAUAAACUACACAAAUGGAGCCCCCCAUAUGGGUCACGCAUACGAGAUUGUAACUUCCGAUAUUCUUGUCAGGAUUGCAAAGUUGUUUGGCUUUGAUGUUAGAUUUCAAACAGGAACAGAUGAACAUGGACAAAAAAUUGCAACUACUGCGGAAAAAAAUGGUUUCUCGCCGAAAGAACUCUGCGACAAAAAUGUAAAACAGUUCGAAAGCAUGAAUGAAAGUCUGCAAAUUAACGCAGAUAGAUUUAUUAGGACAACUGAUAUUGAUCAUUAUGAGUCCUGUAAGGAGCUGUGGAAACGUUGUGAGGCGAAAGGUGACAUUUACCUUGGGAAAUAUGAUGGAUGGUAUAACAUAAGGGAAGAAAGUUUUAUGACUGAAUUAGAGGCUAAGAUGCUAAAUUACACUGACCCAGUUUCAGGGUUACCUUUAACAAAGAUGGAGGAGCCUUCGUAUUUUUUCAGAAUAUCUAAAUACAUUGAAUCAGUAAAAAACCACAUUAUUAACCAUCCCGAUUUUAUCCAACCAGAAUCAAGCAGAGAAAGCAUAUUAGCUAGAUUAGACGCCCUGGGCGACAAUUUAGAAGACUUAUCUAUAAGUAGAACCAGUUUUUCUUGGGGGGUCCCUGUUCCGAAUGACCAGGAACACGUUAUGUAUGUUUGGUUUGAUGCUUUAACAAAUUAUAUCACCGGUUUAAAUUGGCAUAAUUCUGAUAGUUGUGACGAAAAUUCGUUAUUUAAGAAGUAUUGGGGAAAUACUAUUCAUAUUGUGGGUAAAGAUAUUACUUGGUUUCAUACUGUAAUCUGGCCGUCGAUGCUAUUAAGUGUCGGACUUAGCUUGCCAAAAACAAUAUUCUCUCAUGGAUUUGUUACUGCUCCAGAUGGUAAAAAAAUGAGCAAAAGCUUGGGAAAUGUUGUGGAUCCGUUAGAACAAAUCGAUAAAAUGGGCUCUGACUCGUUCAGAUAUUACUUAGCUAGAGAAGGGAGAUACGGAAAUGAUAUUAAAUAUCAACCUUCUUCUGUUGUGGAUUAUAAUAACGGCGAAUUAGCGGAUACUUUUGGGAACCUUAUUUCUAGAAUUACAAAUUUAGCACAUAAAUUUUGCCAAGGAGUGGCACCUUCUUCAUCUACAUCUGUAUUUUUGGAAAAGCCAAUAGAUAUUGAAACAGUUUUUGAAGAAUAUUAUUUGGCUUGGCGCGGUUUUCGUCUUGACGAGUGUGCACAAAUUGCAAUGAAUUUGUCAAGAAAUAUUAACAAGUUCCUUACUGACCAUGCGCCUUGGAACAAAGAUAACGAAAAAUCUGAAGAAGAAAGGAUAGAGAUUAUUAGAAUUGUAUUAGAAGGUUCCUAUUAUAUUUCAAUUUUACUUAGUCCAUUCACCACUUUGGCAUGUAAAGAAGUUUUUAAUAGGCUUGGGACUCAACAAAAGACGAUCCCAGAGAUUGAUACAAAUUAUUCUAAUAUUAAGCCUAACACACCAAUUUUGAUUGGAGAACCUUUAUUUAGGAGAAUUGCAACUAAAGCAGAUAAGACUUUUGAAGAGCUUAAAGCAGAAAAAAAAGAAAGAGAAAAAAACAAAAGAACAGAAAAAGAAAAAAAAAGAAAUUAA